ACUGAACACACCGGCACUGAACACACUGAACACAGCAACACUGAACACACUGAACACAGCAACACUGAACACACUGAACACACCAGCACAGGUACCUGAACUCACACACACACACUGAAUACACCUGCUGAUAUUUACACUCACAUGCAUUUAGAUGAAAAUAUAUUGUUAAUUUGAAGUUACUGUUAUUACAUAUAUUUAUGUCAAGCAGAUAUACAUUUUCAUGUCAUAACUUCAAUAAAUACAUUAAUAGUUAGUUUGAUUAUAUUGAAUAUAGAGAUGUCAAAGCUUCUAUACAAUUGUAAUGCUGCAAUUAUGAUCAUGAUAACAUUCCUGUAAUUACAUGUUUCAGACUAGACAAAUUGUGUCUUUCACCAACCACAAACUCUGAAUUUCUUCAAAUCUACAACUUCUGAUAAAUAAACUAAAAUCGCAGCACACUCAACAUUUAAAUGUGGUGACAUUCAACAAUGCUUGAUUUAAAUGUAAAAACUAAAUGUUUGCUUAGUCAUUUUACAGCCAGUGUUUCAUUUUACAGCCACUUUUUUGUUCUAGAUUCUGAGACUGUUUCUGAGUAAAAUCAUCUCAUAAGGACAGUAAUACCAUCAUGACAUGAACGCAGCAUUACUUCACGUGGGGUUUUCAUGCAUUUAACAAAUACUUUUAUCCAAAGUUACCCUGUAUCAUUUCAGAUAAUAAAGCAUCUUCUAAAUCAGCACUGAUGUCAUGUGAUUAUCACUAAUCAGUGUUAUGAACAGAAAAAAAAAAACAAUGUUAUGUGUGUUUUUGUCUACUGUCAGGGUUUGUUAUUAUUAUUUGUUAAUAUAUUGCAUAAGUGGCACAUUCACACAUCACUAGUGUUUUUCUCUCUUUCAGUGUCUCAUCAAACAGAAACUGAAGCAACAAGAACAGGAAAUACUACAGAUGAACUCUAUCAGCCAACCAAUACAAUGCGUACAGACCUGGUUUAUGUUGCUGGUGGUGUGGCUUUGGUUCUGCUGGUUCUGUGUUCGGGAACGCUCCUCAUCCUGAAAAUGAGAAAAAGGAAAUGUGGGACAGCUUUAUUUCUGCAAAAUGUGCAGCACAAUACAGAGACUGACCACGUUUAUGAAGAGAUUCCAAACAGUGAUGGUGCCGUGGCAACAUCUUCACCCAAUCAGACGCCUGCAUCACACCUCAACACCCACCCAAAAGUCUCUUCUGUUUACACCAUAAUAACCAAUCAGCAGCCUGAUUCAAACCUCAGUCACACCCACUUGACCAAUCAAGUGACAGAUUGUUCACCAGACCCAACAGAGGACAGCAGGACUGAACGGAUCUACGUGACAGCAACACAUCCACAAAACAUCUCGACAAACGAGGGUCCGAUAUAUUCAGUCAUCAAUGAUGAAUAAAAAAAGACUGCCAACAACUGGUAAAAUCUAUAUUAUUUUUAAGAAUCAAAAAAAUUACACACUUUCCUGUACAAAACACAGUUUUUAUCAGUAUUUUGUAUGUAAGAUUACUAACAAGAAAAGUUACUAACAAUUAAAAAUAAUAAUAAUAAUAAUAAAACAACUGAAAAAUUACAUGAAAUUCAGUUUUCUUUGUAAUUAGACCACCUCAUCUACAGUUCAAUAAAACUAAUAACAAUGUAAAAUAAACAAUGUGACACUUUAAUAUGACAAUACGUUAUAUGAAAAUGUGUUUAGAUAUUAAAACGUUUUUAACAACCUUUUUUUACCAGCAUGAUCUGAUGACUGAGGAGUUUGAAAUAGUAAAGUUAUGGAAAAUGCUUAAAAUAGUGGGCAGAAAAAAGGCGGAUUAUAUUGUAUUGUAAAAUUGCUUAUUGUUAGAUUCUGUAGGAUCCAAAGAACACAAAUAGGUAAGAUUUAUGGCAUCAAACAAAAUUCACAAAGGCUAUAAGCAUAUUUGUACAUUUUAUUAUCUUUUGACCACUAGUUGGCGACUUUUCCAAUUGUCUUAGGCUCCUUGGUGCUAAUGACACAUAUCAAAUUUCGUAACCAUAUGCUGUUGCUUUCAUACAAUACAAUUGAAGUGACAGAAGAACAGUUUGGUCUAUCAAAAGGGUUUUAAUAAAUUUUUGCCAGCAUGGUCUGAAGAUGAUCAGGGCUAAUUUAGUUAAAAAAUUGGACCAACUGUCUCGAAUAACUGAAGAACAAGUAGGAUUGUCAGAGCCGAUAGCCUCGUGGGCAGCACAAAUGCCUCCGGUGACUCGAGUUUGAUUCCCGGCUCCAGGUCCGUUUCUGAUCCCGUUCGUCUCUCUCCACCCCAUGCUGUUCUGUCUGAUAUGUCCUAUAAAGCCAUACAAUGGCCAAAAAACUAUAUCUUAAAAAGAUUAUAUAUUUUUUUUUUAAUAUUUAAAAUAGCAGAACAUUUUUUCAUGAGGGAAUGUAGUUUCUAGCCCAUACGGGUCAGUGUUAUUAGCAUAAACAUGAGCACAACUUUGAGCUGUUAGUGGCACUGAAGGGUCUAAGUUAGAGAUUUCACAUUUGGUUAAUGUUCAGACCAUCCGCUAUCUGUGUGCCAAGUUUCACAACUUUCCUAUUAAAGGUUUUAUGGGCUGCCAUAGACUCGAGAGCAGAAGAAGAAGAAGACUAUCAAUAACAAUAUAUGCCAACACACCACAGUAGGUGCAUAAUCACUAAUAUUAGUCUUCUGUUCAGCCCGUGACUUCAGUUCAGAGAGCUGCUCUACACUGCGCCCUCUACAGGUGAAGUACAAUACUACACAGGGCCUCUACAUGCAACUUUGACUCUGAUUAUGUAGCAAAUCUUCAUUUAAAAUUACUCUUUGUACUUUGACUGAAUCUGCUGCAAACGAACUCGAGAAAAAUGGACAAAAAAAAAAUAAAUGACUGACACUUUAAAUAGACAUUUCUUGUGUCUAUUUGCCUCUUCAUGAUGACUCGCUUGUUGUAUUCCUUACUUGUUACACAUGCAACUGUAUCACAGACAACAUUUUGGUAAAACCUCUGCACAUUUCCGAUCAUUUCUUCAUUACUUUUAAUCUACAUCUCCCUAUUUGUUCACCACCAACCCCUCUACCAGUUAGCUUCAGAUGAAACCUGCGCUCCCUUUCUUCUUCUCAUCUUUCCUCUGCAGUAUCAUCCUCCUUUCCCUCACCCACACAAUUCUCAUCUCUGGAUGUGAAUACAGCAACAGACACUUUAUGUUCCACCUUAACUUCAUCUCUAGACAGUAUCUGUGCUCUGUCAUCCAGGCCUGCAUGUGCUACUCCCUCUAACCCCUGGUUAUCUGAUGUUCUUUGUGAACACCAGACCAAACUCGAGGCUUUUGAGUUUGGCACAAUGAGCUUGCUCCUAGCACUGCUCUAUCAUUUCUGCUGUCUACAGCCACUCUUUGAACUGCCUCUGCAUACGUCACCUUGUUCUGAUCCUUCACAACCUGCACCAGUCUAGCUUGAGCAAAGCACUCACAGCCGUGAAACCCUGCUGCAUGAUCCCCAUCACAGUUAGGGCACUCAGGAGCCUCUGCCUUACAUUAAAUGAUCUCCACCACAAUUUGCACACUUUCUUUUACCCUGACAUGACCCAGCAACAUGUCCAAACUUCUGACGACUGUAGCAUCGCAAUAAUGGUUUAAUGUACUCCCUCACAUUAUAUGCCAUACUCCCAAGAAACGCUCUCUGUGGCAGUAUACCAUCUUUAAGCGUUAACAGGACGGGCGGAUCCCUGCAUGGCUCCAUCUCUAGGCUUAAAUCUCAUCAGUUACUUGCAGAACUUUUCCCUGCACUGCCACAA